AUGCUAGCAAUUGCUCUUCCCGCGGACGAUAACUGGAAGUCUCAAACGCCCGUAAGGCCCAGACAGUCGCAUCCCAGCUCCUCCGUCCCAGCUCCAACGUCUUCGACCUCGUCAAUGGCGGCCAAGGACAUUUACUCGCACUCCCAACCAACAUCAGCACCCAUGGCGCCUGGAAUGAGCAGCAAUGGGACGGUCAUCGGUCCCGGGACGAGCCAUGGAGUUGAUACAGUGCCAUCGGGCAAACCGCUGGCCCGCUCAAAGUCGCGCGGAGGCUCUGUGGGUGGAUUUGUACACGGAAUCGUCAAUGGAAUGCAAGCUAGUUUGCGUAAUGUCGGCCACAAGUCGUCCCAGACAGCCACGAACAACGGGUAUCAUUCUGACCAUCCCCCAACACGGUCUGCGAGCUUCAGGUCGAAAUCGACCAUCUCACCCACCUCUGCCGAGGGUCCGGACGGUCCUACGUCACAAAAGAUGGGCGAUCAACCCUCACCAGUCAAGCCCUUUCAUAGAGCCUUAGCCCGAAGUCAAUCCAAGUCGAGAGCGUACGAGUCGGAUGGGGACAAUCAUACCAUCGCCUCACUUCGCCACGCGCGUCCGGGGUAUCCUCCAAUAUCCACCACGUUUCCUUCCCCAUCUUCGGAGCGCGUCGCCAAAGCAAACGGCCAUACACACAUCCCUCUCUCGCCCCUGUCUCGAGAGAGUAGCAUCACUCAGCCACUAUCUGCCAUUGCAACCGCGUUGCAAUCUAAUCCCCCCAAAAACACGAGCCCUUCUUCUUCGCCACCCCCUUCCUAUACCAUCAAGGGUCCGGUAUCGCGAAACGCGGCACGUGCCAUCCUGGAGUUGGACGCGAUACCUCCUCAAGACCUUUUGAAAGCUCUUGCUCUUCUACUCGAACAGAUCGCUGCCGAGAACGAUGCCCUUGCGGCCGAGAGGGCUGCAAGAGGGGAGGAACCCUGGGAGGACCACCUCGCUGGCGUGAAUUUGCAAGAGUCCCAGGGGAACGACCUCCCUCUUUCUCCAGAGAGCCCUCACCGAACAUCCUCGACCACAUCUCGAUCGAGAAGCCAGCGACGGGCCGCUCCGUCGAUCACUCCAAUCUGGGAUCAUUUGACCACCGCAUCCCGAGUUGCACUCUCGUCUCAUUCAUCCAAACUUUCCUUUCACGCCCGUCAUAUACCGCAAAUCUCCCUAGAAGCCUACCUUAUGCGCAUCCUAAAAUAUUGCCCGACCGCAAAUGCUACCUUUGUAGCCGUUCUCGUGUAUUUUGAUCGCAUGUGCCGUAUGGCAGACAAUGUCGAAAACGAGCGGCAUGCCGCUUCUGCCACCGAGGCCAGGGAGAACGAGAUGGAUUCGUCUCCUCAGAAGAAGCCCGCGUUUGCCAUCGACAGCUACAAUGUUCACCGGCUUGUAAUUGCUGGCGUCACAGUCGCUAGCAAGUUCUUUUCAGACGUGUUCUAUACCAACUCUCGCUACGCCAAGGUUGGAGGUCUGCCUCAAGCCGAACUGAAUCAAUUGGAACUUCAGUUCUUGCUCUUGAAUGAUUUCGAGCUCGUCGUUCCUCCAGAGGAGCUGGCUCGUUUUGCAGCUCUGCUCAUUUCAUACGCGCAAGGGCGCGGAAUCACACUACGACCAGAAGGCCUCGGCAAGGGAAGGCUGGGUCUAGAAGCAAAGAUUGUGCUGGGCCUCGAACCUGAGCCACUGCCAGAGCCUAUGGGUCCUUACAUGCGGCAGAGUCCCAUCUCUCCAAGCUAUUUUGGUGUCAGUUCUGGGAUGAUGGACAAUCAGUCGAGAGGGCUCGACGCCUAUAGAGCCAGACGCACGUCGUCCGAAGUAGGAUCCAAUACGUAUGGGGCCGAUUCAAACCCCAGAUCGACCUACAGUUAUUUUCAGGCCAACAACUCUAUGAGUGAUGGCAUGGAUAUCUCCCACGACUCUGAAACCGAAGUCUCCACCGAUGAGGACUCGACGAUCAAAGCCCGAAGUGGGAGCGAGAGCGAGGCGAGCGAAUGGGGAGUCGGCAGCACGGGAGACGAAGGGGAAGGCGAUGGGGACGGCGCAGAGACGGAGACAGAAGGGGAAGAAGAUGCAGAUGACGACUUUUACGAUAGACGAAACUCGAGGCGACUUUCCUCGAGCAGCACUGGUUCGCAAGGUCGAACGGGACGGGCCCGCGGGACACCACCUGCACUGGAGAGACGAUAA